AUGGGAAUAUUUGUCAGCAAGCCUCAGGAAAGGAUACGGAUAGCAACAAAAAACAUAAAAGGCCUGGAGAUGGAGGUGUACACAAGAAAAACAAUUAUACACCUCUAUCUGUGCAAGGACCAUAUUGUAAGCCUGCACAGAAAUAUAGUCCGCCUGCGCAGCUUGAGAGUGCUCCAAAUAUGCUGCAAUAGCCUUAGUGCGCUCCCGAAGGAAAUUGGGCAGCUGAAAAACCUCAGCAUUCUGUUUUUGUCCAGAAACAACCUGCGCGAAAUACCAAGCGAGCUUUCUCUUUUGAAGGACUUGAGCGACCUGAACAUUUCAGACAAUCAGAUAACUGGGCUGCCGGAGUCUUUGGAAAACCUAAAGUCUCUGAAGAUUCUGGACAUGUCUGGAAACCCCGUUGAGUCUCUCCCUCCAGUGGUGUCUCGGAUAAAGUCGCUGGCUUGCAUUUCGCUCCUGAGAACGCGGAUAGCACACCUUCCGCCCUCGCUUUUGCAGCUUCCUUUUCUGACUGAGCUCAACUAUAAAAGCUGCAGCGCGCCAAACAUAAUCCUGGCCAAUAAAAACACGUCUUUGCUUGAGACAGUUCUAGAGCACACAAUCCAGCGGACCAAAUACGUGAAGAGAAUGCUGCCCCUCGGGGUGCUGAAGCAUAUAGGCAAGCAUGUACAAUGCGACAUAUGCGGCAAGCAAAUAUACAACCCUAUUGUAAUAUACACGUCUAUUGUAAUCGCCUGUUCCCAGGUGCCUGUAAAGUACAUAAUAUGCAAAUCCCACAAAAUAGACCGCAAAGACCCGUGUAUGUCAAUCCGCAAGUCUCUGUUCAUGGGAGAGGUUCAAAGCGCGCUCCCCGCCCCAGCCCCCGCCGGAGACGUGGUGCACAUAUCUGAGGUCUGCCAUCUUGUUAAUAGGUACCUUUCCCCGUUGUAG